ACUUCGGAUCUGUUGAUUAGAGAGGAAGGAGGAUUGCUGGAACGGACAGUGUCCCUUCCCUUUUUUUCUUUCUCCUCUUUCUUUCUCUCUCUCUCUCUCUCUGGGUAAAUUUUGUUUGACUCUAUUCUGGUUUUGGCUUUUGGUGGCUUUGUUGAGCUUCAGAGAUCGCAACGCGAUCCAAUUACCCUAAUCGAAUCGACCUUGAAACGUUUUCUGAAAUUUGUGAAGGAAUCGAGGUGUGAAUCUGUCAAGACAGACCAUUUAUGGGUUUUUCUGUUUAUGGGACUUUUUUAAUUUCCGCGUGAAGCGGUUCUUUGAUAGUUUUGGGAGAAAAGUAAACGGUGGGAGGGGGAAAAAGGCCGUCUUUCGGGGUGGUUCUUAUUCCUUUUACAGUUCCCUUUUUGAAUUGGUUUGAUGAUAUCUGUGGGUAGUAUAGAUGGGAGGAAGAAGUUAGAAUUAGGGUCAGGGAUGGAGGAGACUGAGCUGGAAGAAGGAGAGGCUCGUAGCUGUCAUAGCCAUGGAGAGGGAGAGGGAGAUGGAGAUGGAGAUUCCAGCGUUGACCCUGAUUUUACUCUCUCUUACAUUGGCGAAAAACUCCAAAAAUGUUUGGGCCACUUGCAGAAAGAUUUUGAAGGUGGUGUUUCGGCAGAGAAUUUGGGGGCAAAAUAUGGUGGCUAUGGUUCGUUUCUACCUACUUAUCAGCGGUCUCCGUUGCUUUACCAAACAAUUAGUCCAGCUGAAGUCCACAAUAAUGGUGUGGCAAGAUCCCCCAGGAAGUUAAAAUUUGAGGAUCAAAGACAAAAGCCCUUUGCUUCCGUAAGAUCCGGUGAUGCUUCUGGAAAAGCUGUAUCGGGUGAACAUUCCUUGAAAAGCAAGGGCAAUGUACAAUCUUAUCAUGUUGAGGGAGCUAUCUUUAAAGGUGAAUCUACCAAGAAGAAGUCUGUUGAUUCUUCCAAUCAGAGAACCCUGAAGGUUCGAAUCAAAGUUGGUUCUGAAAACUUGCUGACGCAAAGGAAUGCUGAACUGUACAAUGGGCUUGGUCUUGUUGUCUCCCCAUCUUCUUCACUGGAUGUCAGCCCGGAAACUAGUGAUGAUUCAUGUGAUAAGCACUUUAAUGUGCCAGGUGAAUCGCCCACCAGCAUUCUUGAGAUUAUGACUUCCUAUCCUGGGGAAAGACAUUUGUCUCCUUUGCCUGAAGACUUGAUUCAUCUGACAGAGGAAAUGAAGCUUGCUGUAAAUUGUGAAACUAACCACAUGGACAAGAUGGGGAUGAAAAAUUUUGCAGUAUUAGAAAAUGGAUUUCAUUCUAGUAAGAGCAAUUAUAAAGUUCUAGAUUUGAAAAAAUCGAAGUCUUAUGGAGAGGAUGAUUGUUCCCCCAUGGAAUUAGUUAGUCAGAAAAGCAAUGGUGAUAGAGAUAGUAGUUAUUCUCUCAUCAAGGAGAAUGAUAUUGAUAUCAAUACUUCUGGGUGUGAAGAACUUGUCACUAAUGCUUUGAAACUUCCAUUCUUAUUGAGCUCCCAACAAGGCAUUUCUGAUCCUGCAAAAAAUGUGCCUUCAGAAACAAUGCUUCCUCCAACUGUUCUUAAAGAGGGUGUGAAGUCUGAUAUUGCCAGUGACAUUGUGGCUUUCUCCCAGGAGGAAGCACCCAAGGCAGAGAAGUCUCAUGAUUUGGAGUACCCGCAGUCAAAUGCGUCUGAGGGAAGAAAAGCUCCUAAUGCUUUGGGACCCUCCAGACCCACAAAACAGCUUCUGAAAGGUGAACCUGCUGAUGAAGAAGAAUCAAAAUCACCUCUUGAGAAAUCUUCAACUGGGGGCAAGAGGAGACAAAAUGAUGAAGCAAUAGUUAAGUGUUCUUUGCCUCAGAGAGGUGGCAGAAGCAAUCAUACUAACUUUAUUGGAUCGAAUAAUGAUUCACAUCAUCUCCAAGAUGACCAUCAGAAAGCAGGUGGCAGGUAUAAGGACAGUUUUGGAGAUGCAGCAUUCGAAGAUAAUGAUAAUGAUAAUGGUAAAAGAUCUGAGAAACCUCCCAAAAAAGAAAUUCAUCCUAGAGUUAAUUCUUUGCCAGUCUCCUGCCUUGAGAAUAAGCUAAAUACUGAAGCUCCAAGGGGAUCAAUUCCCCUAGAUGGUGAAUUUUGGGUUUGUUGUGACAAAUGUAGAAAAUGGAGACUUCUUCCUCCUGGCAAAGUUCCGAAGAGUACUUCCAAUGAAUGGUUUUGUAGGAUGCUUAACUGGCUGCCCGGAAUGAAUCGAUGUAGUAUCCCACAGGAUGAGACAACUUCAGCUGUGAGGGCUCUUUACCAGUCUGCUGCUUCAGUUCCUGACACCAUUGUGACUUCAGCAGGAGCAGUGCAAAUUGAUGGUAAGUCACCUUGUUAUGAGCCUCUGAGUGCUGCUGUUCAGACUGCUGCAAUUGGUGGGAAGAAAGAAAACUCAGCUGAUUUUGAUGGUCCCGCUCGAUCUCCAAACCCAUCAAAGAAGGUACUUGCAACAUCCGACAAAAGAAGUAGUUGGAAUAGUCAAAAUAGCUCACCUGCUCUAGAGAGGAGUGGAGAUCAGCAGAAAGCUCAGUUGAGUGCAGUUCCCAAGUACAAUGAUACUAAAGAAGAGAAGAUAUCAGUUACUAAUGGCUCUGAUGGAAACUUAAAGAUAAAGAACAAGCGAGAGACUGAUAUUGAGGGUUCCAGAGCUCAUAAAAGAAUUAAGACUGAGGAAUUACAUGCUGAUGAUGAAAAAUUGAAUUCUGACAAUGGCAGGUUUACCUCAAAAGGAGGUUGCGGCUCCAAUAGUAUGUCUAAUAAUGGCACAUCAAGAAGCAAUAGGCACAGGUAUAGUGAUCAUAAGGAUACGAAUGAUGGAGCAAAGAAGACUUCUAAUGCGGAAAAACAUGUUCCGGCUAAUUCAGAAGAUCUGUUACAUUCUGAAAAGAAUGGUGAGGAAUCUUUUAGUAAGAGGAAAGCUAGGGAACCUUAUGGUUCUCUAAUUCAUAGUGAGCCUAUUUCCAGCUCAGGACGACAUCACCCAGUCUCUGGUGAUCUUGUGGAUGAACUUCAGCAUCAGAAAGAAAAGAAAGUUCGAGUUUCCAAGUCUGAGGGAAGAGAUCCCAUUGGAAACAAAACUAGUGUUGGAUCUGACAGAAAAAACAAGGAGACGAAGGAUCAGCAUAAUGGGAAGUAUCUGAGCAACCAUCAGGCUGCCGGUUGUUUGAAAAGCGAUAUGGGUGCUGGACAACCUUUACUUGCUACCAAUUCAGGCUCUUCGAAGGGAAGUGGCUCACAUAAAAACAUGAUUAAUGGUCAGGAGUUAAAAGGUUCUCCAGUAGAAUCAGUUUCAUCAUCGCCAUUGAAACCUUCUAAUGCUGUUAAGGUCGCAUCUAAUGGGAAGAGCCCUAAUGGAAAAGAAGACGAUGAGGAUGAAGAAAGAAAUGAGAAGAUGAGAAUGGUGAAAGAAGAAACAAUUGUCUCUCUCAGUGAUCAUGCCAUUGAUGGUGACAAUGAUAAACUAUGUCAAAGAAACAAGAAUGAUAAUAGGAAACAAACUUUUGAUCAAUGCAAAGUCGAAGAAAAUUCUCAUGAUGAUCAUAAUCGUAAUGGUGGAUGUCAUGUGAAGAAAACUGGGAAGGAAUUGUUUUCACACUGUAAGGACAAAGUGAAUAUCAAAGUUUCUGAUUUGCAUGAGGAGAAAUUGAAUGGUAGAAGAAGCAAGAGUGAUGAGAAAUGUGACAACCCUAGUAAGAGUGAAAAGGUUGUUUCUCAAAACGAUAAUCCUGGAACUUCAAGAGAGAGCAGUAGAGAUCAAGGUCAAAAGAAAUGUGAUCCAGAUAGACAAGAACCUGAAACUAGCCGGGAUAAGAAGCAUAAUAUUCAACGGGAAAACAAUGAAAAAUUACCCUCAAAACGCAAUCAGACAGAAGUUUGUGUGAGUGGAAAGCCAAACUCACUUCCACCUUUAGCAAGAGUUCAAAGUGCGGCAGUUGAUGGCUGUGAUGAUGGCAAUGCGUUAAAGGCACAAAGCCAAAGAAAGAGAGCUGAGAACAAGGGAGGCCAACCAAGGAGACAUCCUACUCCAAAUUCACACAAGGUUCGGGAUGGUGAGGCUCCAAGUCCUCAUCGAAGGGAGUCUUUCAGUCACGCAGUUAAUAAUGUUCUAAAAGAUGCGAAAGAUCUCAAACAUGCUGCCGAUCGUCUUAAGAAUUCUGGAUCUACUGAAAGCAAUGGGGUUUACUUCCAGGCUGCCCUUAAAUUUCUCCGUGGAGCCUCUUUGUUAGAAUCUGGGAGCAGCGAAGCAGCUACACAUAGUGAAUUGAUGCACUCAAUGAGUAUAUACAGUAGCACUGCAAAGCUCUGCGAGUUUUGUGCUCGUGAAUUCGAAAGGUCAAAAGACAUGGCUGCUGCUGCUUUGGCUUAUAAAUGCAUGGAAGUGGCAUACAUGCGAGUGGUUUAUUCUUCACAUGCCGUAGCUAGCAAGGAUAGGCAUCACUUGAAUAGGGCUCUACAAAGUGUUCCCUCUGGUGAAUCGCCAUCCUCAUCUGCCUCGGAUGUUGAUAACUUGAAUCACCGAGCAACAACAGACAAGGCUGCCUCAGCCAAACCUGUUGGAUCUCCUCAAGUUUCCGGAAACCAUGUCAUUACUUCUCAGAAUCGCACUUAUUUAUCACGUAUUCUUAACUUUGCGCAAGAUGUUAACUUGGCAAUGGAAGCUUCUCGGAAAUCAAGAAUUGCAUUCACAGAUGCUACUUCAAGACUCGGAGAAACCUCAAAUAAUGACGGUAUACUUUCACUGAAAAAGGCCCUUGAUUUCAACUACCAAGAUGUUGAGAGCUUAUUACGCCUUGUUCAAUUUGCAAUGGAAGAAAUCAGUCGUUGAAACUGCAGCAUGUGUGGGUUCCUCCCUUUUUUCAAAAGAUCUCUUCAUGGAAUGAUAUGCAGUUGAUUGAUUCUUCGAGUCUCAAACAAGCCCAUUUGUUCUUCAAUGCAACCCCAUUUGAAUUAGCUAGAUGACCUCAACUUUUCCUUCCAAGAUGGGCCGGUGGUGCUACUAAAGAAUCAGCCCAAGACUUUAUUCAGCUGUUCGCUGGCUAUUGGACAAUUUUGUGGUGAUCUGCUUCUGUGUGUAUAUAUAUAUAUAUAUAUAUAUCCUCCUUUGCUACAUAAGAGUGGUUUUGUCGACAAUAGGAGGCCACAGUCAGAGUUGCUUGUGAUUUAUCCUGACCCUGAUUUACCGUUGGCACUUGUAGCUCUCUGGGAUCCUGAUCAAUUCAACCAAGUCUUGUAGCUUGUCCCCAACUCAAUUCUUCUUCACCAUUCAGCUGGUGUCAUAAUACGUUUAUCUUGGAAGGAAACUACAUUGCUACCUUCUCCAAUGGCGUUCGUUCUGCAUAUUCGAACUUUGUGACUUCUAUUCCGUUACCAGGUACUUUGCCGAUGACUUUUCUUCCUAUGGCGCUGAAUUCUUGCUUGGGGUAUUGGCUGUCACUUCGUCAUUCUUAGAAUUCCCAUUCCAUCGAACUUACCACAAAGAAAAUGGCUUGUCUCUUUGCAUUCCUCUCUGAUCGGCAACCUUCACCACUUUCCCCUUUUCGAAGAAGACUUCCAUUCGCCUUUUUCGCAGAAUGGGUUCUUGUUGUUGUUGUUGUUGUUCUUGGUGGCAAUGAGAGUGAAAAUAUGGUCCCUUGGUGAAGAUGUGGAUGCAUUUCAAGCUUCAGAACAUCAACAUAACUGCUUUAUGUCUCCAUCAUGUCUUUGUUUUGGGUACAUUUUUGUAGCAAGUUUCUUGUAUCCAACUUUUGUAUGUAAAUCUUUUAUGUUUUCAUAUGUUUUGUCCAUAUGUAACGAAGUGCUAAAUGGCUAAAGAAAGUAUUGCCAAUGUAUUGUUUUAUCAUA